CCAGUUCAAUACUCCUCUUUCACAGACCGAGGAAACUGCAUUUUCGCAGCAGGUUGUGAUAAUAUCCUGAACACCACAGCAGCUGCUGUUCCACUGCUGCCCCGUGUGGUUAGUUUAUGUCACUCAGGUAAAAUCUAAAAGUAUUUCAAACAUUGACAUCACAAAGUGACAACAACUUGUACUGUGAUGAAAAAAAAAAUGUCCUUCUUGGAGUUUGGUUUUGAGAUAGUGACUGUUCUGGUGAGGAUUUUGAAGAAGGACACUGAAAUAUUAUGCUUUCAUGGUUGAGGAAUAAAUCUCUACAGUUGCAGUAACAAACCCCAAAGGUUAUGAAGCAUGCAGUGAGGUCAGAGGUAGGUGGGCCAGCGAGGAGGCAGCUUAGCUCAGCAUGAAGGGCUUUAUCAGUAAGUGGAUCUUCUGAUCUGCUCUUAAUUGGAUCAUCAGCUUUAGGCUGACGUGGACAAGCUCUUUCCCACUCACACCCGAGCUCUGUCACAAGUCCGCUGUUGAACCUCGACGUGACAGUGGCCUUGUGGUUUGAUGGGUAGCCCCCGGUGCCCCCCUGGUGGUACGAACUGAUCAUCAUCAUCAGUUCGUCGUUAUGGGUCUAAAAGCGGGAGUCGUAUCGCGGAGCGCCGUAACCAUGAACCUGUGAGACUGCGGACAGACUCCCAGGACCGUCGCUGUCGUUCGCCAACCUGAGACUGUUUCUGACCUUACACUGUGUUGAAUUUACCCGAACCAAGACGGCAGGAUGCCGUUCAUGCCAGUCAAGUUUAACCUGCAGAAGCGGGUGAAGUUGGCACAGGGGCUGUGGAUGCUCUACUGGCUCUCAGUCGUCGUGGGAAUCGUUAUCUUCAGCCUCGGCAUCUACUUCAAGGUGGAGUUGCGGAAACGGAGUGAGAUGAUGGACAACAACGAGAGCCACUUGGUGCCCAACCUGCUCAUCCUGGUGGGCUUGUUGGCCUGCGGUGUCAAUGGGUUCGGGGGCAAAGUGUGCCACGACUCCCUGGACCCCAUGAAGUAUGCCAAAUGGAAGCCCAUGCUGAGGCCGUACCUGCUGUCGUGCUGCGCCUUCAACGCGCUGCUGCUCCUCACGGCGUUGCUCUGCUUCCUCAUGCAGUUCUCCGUCUACCUGACUCUGGCUGAAGGCUUGAAGAACAGCAUCAAGUUCUACAAGGACACGGACACUCCGGGACGCUGCUUCAUGAAGAGGACGUUGGACAUGACUCAGAUUGAGUUCCGCUGCUGCGGCAACAACAACUACAGAGACUGGUUCGAGGUUCAGUGGAUCAGCAACCGAUACUUGGACAUGAGCAACAAUGAGGUCAAAGAUCGCCUCCUCAGUAACAUAGAAGGAAAAUUCCUGAUGGACAGCGUACCAUUUAGCUGCUGUAACCCCGGCUCCCCUCGUCCCUGCAUCCAACAUCACCUGACCAAUAACUCCGCCCACUACGACUACGAUCACCGCAUUGAAGAACUCAACAUCUGGACCCGGGGCUGCAGAGAGGCACUCUUUUCCUACUACAGCAGUAUUAUGAGCAGUAUGGGGGUGCUGCUCAUCAUCACUAUCAUCUUGGAGUCAGCGGACAUGGCCGGGCUGAAGUACCUGAGCACUGCUCUGGAGACGAUGGCCGACCCUGAAAACCCAGAGUGUGAGAGCGAGGGCUGGUUGUUGGAGAAAGGUGUGAAGGAAACUUUGGUGGAACAGUUUAGCAAAUUGAAGACACUGGUAAAGAAACCCAGCCAGGUGCAGGAGGGGGGAGAUGCACCGGAGGCCUGAGGGCAGCUGCCACCUUUCCCCCCACCCCACUUUGCCCCUCAAUGAAAGAACUGAGGUCUCUCCUAUCCCCUCAACCGCUGCCACCUCUGACCUGAAGACAUGAGGCGGGAAAAGAGAGUUCUUCUCACACGAUCCGUUUACAGGUACACACGUAAAAAACUCUGUGUUCACAUGUUCUGUAAAUGUAAAAUAAUGUAUAAAUAUAUGUGUGUGUGUGUAAAGAAUAACACAAAACUGAUGCUGUAGAUAAAAUAAUUUCAUUGUGGUUAAAAAUACUCAAAUGAAAAAAAAGUCUAAAUAGGGCCACAGUUCUUGUAGUAAGAAGUGUAAACCAAAAAACAGCUGUAGUUGAAAUAAUGAAUGGUGUAUAAAGAACUUCUGAUAUAUAUAUAUAUAUAUAUAUAGACUCAGACUAACAUCAUGGUCUGACAAGUUUAUACAGAUGUAUAUAUUCAUACUGUGGUAUUUACAGAUACCCACUACAUCCAUAUACUGUACAGUAUGUACACACCAAAGGCAAAACAUUUGUUUAUAUUUUGUAUGUAUAAGUAAAUAGGUAUAUGCAAGUAUUAUUGUCUGGUUUCUGUGUAAUUCAAUAAUUUCCUACCAUGCUGUAUUUGGUUUCCUGUUUUGUUUUUUUGUUUUUUACUCUGAUUUGCAGCCAUUCAGCACACAAGCUGGGAUUGUAUGGAUCUGAUCAGUGUUAAGAUGUUCUUAGUGUUUAAGUGUUUAGUUUAACAAAUAUUGUUUAUUGUUUGGAAUGUGUAGAUUAUUUACUUGUGUAUCAUAAGUCUAUAAAGAAACAGUUUGACCCAAGUUGUCUCUUUUUUAUUCACAUAUGCUCCAUUGACUACAUAACAAUAAAACGCUCAAUCAGUGUAGUUCUACACAAAUCCACUGGGCGGCGGCAGAAAUGUGAUAAUAAAUCACGCGCUAAAAAAGCAGACAAACGUGGGCAAUU